ACCCUAGUAGGGACUGCCUUUCGCUCGCAUUCAGCGCAGCACAAGGCAUGGCGGCUACCUGUUCUAGAAAAUCCCUCCAACUCGCUUCCGCUUCUGCGAGAGCCCAUCUUUCUCGUCGUUCUUCAUCUGCUUUUACUUCGGAUGCCUCUAAACUUGGCGGGUUAGGUUCAUGCAGAGCAUCGUCUGCUUCUCGAGUUGCUGCGCAGAGGCGCUCGCUCUCGUUUUCCUGGCUUCCAAAGCAGUUGGCUGGCGCGCAGGUGUCAUUGAUGCCGUUGCAUAGUGCUACUUCCACUGCCUUGUUCACUUCUCUGCUAUCUCUACACAGUAACAAGUGGGGUUGUCUAUCUGAAGGUUUUGCAACACCUCUAUAACACCGUUGUAUCAGUGAUAUCUUUGCUUGUAUGCGACCCGGAUACCAUUAAGUGCAGCUUUUGCUUUCAACCCUUGUUUCUACUGAGCACUAUACUCAAUAAUGUAACUUGAUUAGUUCUUCCUUGGAGACUCAGGUUUUCAAAUUGUGCUCCGGUGACUUUCUGAAGAUAUUUUUGCUGCUUGGAAUUUUUGAAAGAUCAGCCUUUUCAUUUCGGGCAACACUUCAAUCUGGGAGAGACUUUUUUCCCGUACAACUAUGACAUUUUUUUUAAGACUGACAUCUUAUACUGGCAAAAUUCAGGACUCAGAUGCACUGCAUGAAUUCAAUCUAAUUUUUAAUUGAUAAUAAAUUGUACUUUUUUCUGAUCACUAA